UCUGAUGUGAGCGCAGCCCGUAGGCCGUAGUGGAUUGCCACUUCCUUCCUUGCCUCCUUGCCUUUUCUCUCUCGGGACAGACAGCCUGUGAUUUCCUUCUUGUUGUUGUUGUUCUUGUUGCCGGAGGAGGUAGAGGAGGGAGGCGGCGGCGGCAUGGACGUGGAGAUCCAGCGGCCGCGGGAGGUGGGCAGCUGCAGGGUGGUCAAGGUGGACAAGGAGGCCGCCUGGGAGCUCUUCACCACCCAGGCCGCCAACGAAGGCCGCACUGUCGCCGCUCACUUUGGGGCGUCGUGGUGCGUCACGUCCCUGUCCAUGAACUACAAGUUCGAGGAGCUCGCCCAGACCCACCCAGACAUGCUCUUCCUCUUCGUCGACGUCGAUGAUGUCCCGGGCGUGUCUUCCAAGCUGGGGGUGAAGGCCAUGCCCACCUUCUUCCUCAUCAAGGGCAAGGAGGUGGUGAAGAAGAUCGUCGGCGCCAACCCGGACGAGCUCCACAAGAUGGUGGACGCCUCCGACGACGAUUCGCUCGGCUCUGCUGUCACCACUCUCCCUGACAUAGUCAUCGAAAAAUAGCGGUUUUGCCGUCUCUGAAUCUUCUCCGAGUGCUGUUCGCUCGGUUCCGGUGUGUGUGUGACUCUGAAUCUGAUCCGAUCUGAUCUGAUGUGUGUGCCCCUUCCCGCUAGAGGGGAGUAGGGCGUGUGACUUGGCUACUGGCUAAGGUUAAUUGUUGUCGAUUAGUAGUACAUGCGUGUGUGCUUGUUUUUGGGUUGAAAAUAUGAUGGUUCAGUGUAUUGUGCGCACGCUUGCCCGUUAAUACAGUUGUGUGUGUGGGACUGUCUGACA